AUGGGAAGUUAUUCUGAAGACCAGCACUAUGCAGAGAAACAUGACCCGUGUGGUUUAGAGAUUGACCCAUGUGGUUUAGAGAUUGACCCGUGUGGUUUAGAGAUUGACCAGCAUGGUUUAGAGAUUGACCCACGUGGUUUAGAGAUUGACCAGCAUGGUUUAGAUAUUGACCAGCAUGGUUUAGAGAUUGACCCGAGGGGUUUAGAGAUUGACCCGUGUGGUUUAGAGAUUGACAGGCAUGGUUUAGAGAUUGACCCGUGUGGUUUAGAGAUUGACCCGUGUGGUUUAGAGAUUGACCAGCAUGGUUUAGAGAUUGACCCGAGUGGUUUAGAGAUUGACCCGUGUGGUUUAGAGAUUGACCAGCGUGGUUUAGAGAUUGACCAGCGUUGUUUAGAGAUUGACCAAUGUGGUUUAGAGAUUGACCAGCGUUGUUUAGAGAUUGACCAAUGUGGUUUAGAGAUUGACCAGCGUUGUUUAGAGAUUGACCAGCGUUGUUUAGAGAUUGACCCGUGUGGUUUAGAGAUUGACCAGCAUGGUUUAGAGAUUGACCAGCAUGGUUUAGAGAUUGACCAGCAUGGUUUAGAGAUUGACCCGUGUGGUUUAGAGAUUGACCAGCAUGGUUUAGAGAUUGACCCGAGUGGUUUAGAGAUUGACCCGUGUGGUUUAGAGAUUGACCCGUGUGGUUUAGAGAUUGACCAGCAUGGUUUAGAGAUUGACCCGAGUGGUUUAGAGAUUGACCAGCGUGGUUUAGAGAUUGACCAGCGUGGUUUAGAGAUUGACCAGCGUUGCUUAGAGAUUGACCCGUGUGGUUUAGAGAUUGACCCGUGUGUUUUAGAGAUUGACCCGUGUGGUUUAGAGAUUGACCAGCGUGGUUUAGAGAUUGACCAGUGUGGUUUAGAGAUUGACCCGUGUGGUUUAGAGAUUGACCAGCGUGGUUUAGAGAUUGACCAGCGUGGUUUAGAGAUUGACCAGCGUGGUUUAGAGAUUGACCCGUGUGGUUUAGAGAUUGACCCGUGUGGUUUAGAGAUUGACCAGCGUUGUUUAGAGAUUGACCAAUGUGGUUUAGAGAUUGACCAGCAUGGUUUAGAGAUUGACCCGUGUGGUUUAGAGAUUGACCAAUGUGGUUUGGAGAUUGACCAGCGUUGUUUAGAGAUUGACCAGCAUGGUUUAGAGAUUGCAGCAUGUUUCUGUGGUGGCUCCCAGGCAGUGUGUCUGGUGUCGCUGACUCUUGGGUACGAGGACGAAAUCGAGGUGAACUACGGUGACAGUUACUACAACGAGAUCACAGAGGGAGAGCCACCGGAGCCCACGGCCAUCCCAACCCAAGCCCCCUGUAAGGUUACAGAGAUGACUAAAUGGGAUAAGCUCUUCUCCAUGCUGGAGAACUCUCAGAUGAGGGAGAACAUGCUUCUGCAGUACUCCGAUGACAUCAUCAAGGUGGAGUUGGGGUCGCUGCGUGGAGAAAUGCUAAGGUUCGUGGCUCAGUACGGAGGGGCCUGUGGCGUUGCGGUGGAGACUGCUGGACGGAGGAUGUCCAUGCAGAUGGAAGCUCGCCUCAAGGAGAGCCUGGAGCAUCUCAGGCAAGAUCGGAGCAUUGCUGCUGGGAAAUCUGCAGGGAAUUCUGGGAAUAGCCACCAGGAGACGCUGUUACAGCAGCUCCUCACCGCGGCGCGGACACAGGCUUCCCGACUCGUCAAGCUAGAAAAUAUCUGCGUGAGUAAACCAGGACCCAUAACGCCACCAGAGGCAAAGGGGGAAGACCUGCAGCAGGAUGUGGUGCCGGCAGAGAUGCUGGUUGCCUUGGUGACAGAGCUGGAGAAGACGAGGGCAGUUCUGGAACUAGCGUUCAAGUCGGCACAGCAACGACACCUGCCCGCAGGCUGUGAGACCGCUCUUCUCUUCCCUAUGCGUUCCCCUCGUAUCUUCUCGUCAGUGACACCAGACCUCCCUCUCUCCCUCUCUUCCUUCACCGUGUGCCUGUGGGCCAAGCCUGUCUCCGUCUCCAACAGAACCGUGCUGUUCUCCUACGGAACCAAACGGAACCCCUAUGAGAUCCAGCUCCUUCUCAGAGGAACCAGGGCUCUCUUCACUGUGGGGGGAGAGGCUCACCUGGUGGAGGGGCGGGGCGUGGUGAGAGGAGGAAUUUGGACCCACAUAUGCGGGGCUUGGAGCUCUGAGCAGGGUAUAGCGUCACUGUGGGCCGAUGGACACAGAGUGGCAUUCACACCCGGGGUGGCCGAGGGCCACGUGUUACCCGAUGGAGGCUCCCUCCAGCUGGGGCAGGAGAAGAACGACGGUGGGGUCUCUGGAGGGUCAGGUGGCAGUGGGAGUCAGAUGCCUGGGUUUGACGGAGGCUUCGAUGCCAAGUUGGCGUUCGCUGGGAAGAUGACAGGGGUGAACGUGUGGGACAGCGUGCUGACGGAGGAGGAGAUAUCCCAGCUGGCUUUGCAGGACGGCGAGGGGUGUGAGCAGAGGGGGAACGUAGUUGGGUGGGGCUUGACGGAGAUCGUGCCUCACGGGGGUGCUCAGUUCAUCAACUAACUCUGAUGACGUUUUCAUCAUCAUCCUCAUCAUCAUCAUUUAAAUGAACUCUAUCAUCACCAUUAUAAACUAAGACCUGCAGGGCAGAACAGCCCAACUGGCUGAGACUGCGACAAUAAUGUGAACAUAAACAACAACAACAACAACAACAGCAGCUUCCUUUAAUGGUUAAAGAGACUGUGACAAUAAUGUGUCCUGUUGGAGAAGUGGUUCCCAUUUAGAGAAGCAGGAGAGUGGCAACACACACACACACACACACACACACACACACACACACACACACACACACACACACACACACACACACACACACACACACACACACACACACACACACACACCCUUGGUGAGAAGCAUUAGUAUACUGUACAUAGCCUUAGGAGGAGAAGUGGAGGAACCAGAAUUUACCACAGAUUUAAAGACAGAAAAGGAAAGGACCGAGGUGAGAGAGAGAAACAAAGAGCUCAUUGUGUGGAAGGAGAGAUGCUUGAGGGCAACUGUCACAAAAAACAGUCUGCAAGGGUCAUCGCUAGAUGGCCAUGCCAGAGGAGGACAACAUUAUCUAUAACAUCAGAAGCUAUGCCAGAGGAGGACAACAUUAUCUAUAACAUCAGAAGCUAUGCCAGAGGAGGACAACAUUAUCUAUAACAUCAGAAGCUAUGCCAGAGGAGGACAACAUUAUCUAUACCAUCAGAAGCUAUAUUAGAGAGGACAACAUUAUCUAUAACAUCAGAAGCUAUAUUAGAGAGGACAACAUUAUCUAUAACAUCAGAAGCUAUGCUAGAGGAGGACAAUAUUAUCUAUACCAUCAGAAGCUAUAUUAGAGAGGACAACAUUAUCUAUAACAUCAGAAGCUAUAUUAGAGAGGACAACAUUAUCUAUACCAUCAGAAGCUAUGCCAGAGGAGGACAAUAUGAUCUAUACCAUCAGAAGCUAUAUUAGAGAGGACAACAUUAUCUAUACCAUCAGAAGCUAUAUUAGAGAGGACAACAUUAUCUAUACCAUCAGAAGCCAUGCCAGAGGAGGACAAUAUUAUCUAUACCAUCAGAAGCUAUAUUAGAGAGGACAACAUUAUCUAUACCAUCAGAAGCUAUGCCAGAGGAGGACAACAUGAUCUAUACCAUCAGAAGCUAUCCUAGAGAGGACAACAUUUGCUAUAAAUAUCAGCAUUAUUUUUGCAAGUACGUUAGCUAUUUUUUACCAAUGGGAGUUGGGGUUGAGGGGUAAGGGGUAAGUUGAGGGUUGAGGGGUAAGUUAAAUGGGAAAGGGUUGAGGUUUGGGUUUAGUUGUUAGGGUGGCAUUGUGGUUAGAAAACGUUUUACCGUGGUCCUCUCUGGCAUGGCUAUGUAGUAACAACCAUCUGCAUGCUGCCAUAGGAUAUUGUAACUGUUCUAUUACCUUAUAAUAUUACAUUUCCUGGAGAAAAAAGUGAAUAUUUUUUUCAAUCGUUGUUUCCAACAUUAAAAAAAAUGUUUUUAUCAAAGUGUUUACAUUUCAGAUGUGACAAACAUAAUAUUUCAGUUGUUUUGUGUUUCUCUUUGUUUUCUAUAUAAUCUAAAAGGGGUUUAUUGUGUUUCUCUUUGUGUUCUAUAUAAUCCAAAGGGGUUUAUUGUGUUUCUCUUUGUGUUCUAUAUAAUCCAAAGGGGUUUAUUGUGUUUCUCUUUGUGUUCUAUAUAAUCCAAAGGGGUUUAUUGUGUUUCUCUUUGUGUUCUAUAUAAUCCAAAGGGGUUUAUUGUGUUUCUCUUUGUGUUCUAUAUAAUCCAAAGGGGUUUAUUGUGUUUCUCUUUGUGUUCUAUAUAAUCCAACGGGGUUUAUUGUGUUUCUCUUUGUGUUCUAUAUAAUCCAAAGGGGUUUUUGUGUUUCUCUUUGAAAUGGGUGACAACAAGAUGACACAACUAUAGUGGCUUAUUCCCUAUUGGUUUUGCGUCCCUUGUGAGACAGAAACACUUGAUUUGAAAAGAGGAACUGUGGACAAUGUUUACAGAAUGUUUUGUUACGACCUAUCUCUGCUCUCUGUUAUUAACGUAGUAGACAAUGUGUAUCAUAUUGUAAAUUGUUUUGUGUUUUUGUCAAGAAGUAAAAAUGAAUGUAUUUUGUAUAUAAAUCUUAUUAUUUUUUUUGCAUUACAGUAGGACUAGAAUUGGAGACCAAGAUAUGAAUAAAACUACAUG